UAUUCAUCUUCAUCUUUACAAAAGCUUUAUACAUUUUCCUGUUUCUUUUAACAAAUGGUUCAUCACAGAUCCCAUCUGCCUCUAACCAUAUAAAAAAAACAUGUCUGUGUUUCUUGAAAUUUUGCGAUGCAUUCUUUGUUGCGAUGACGAAUUUCAUCAUGGGGAUUAUGACGAGACUUCUCAAAGAGACCCUUUUCUUCAGUCAGCUUCUUAUGACAUUUCUGUUAGGAGCAAUUCUGCUCGUAGUUGUAAUCAUCUUCAAGGCCAAUCUGAUCCCAAAAUUUAUUAUCAAACUUUAAGCAGCUCCUCUUUAGCUAAACAGACUCCGCCUUCAUUUAAUCCUUCUGUAUCAUCUUCUAAACCAUAUUCAUCAUUCUCUAAUUCCACUUCACAUUCUUCUAAACCACUUUCUUCUGUGAAGGUGGGUUCUUCUCCAAUUUGCAAUGAUCUGCUACGCCAACCUGAUCCAACCAUAAUUUACUGCUACGAAGAUUACCCAAAUUUAUCAAUCAGUAACUCAACUGCAAAAGAGCCUAAUGCUGCAUCUCUUCAAUCAAAUCUGAGAAGGGCUCCCGAAGUGUCUAAAUCUUCAGCUAAACACACAUCAACUGCUACUAAUUCAUUAUCUUCAGCUGCAAAAACCCCCAAGUCUGUUGCACAAUCAUCGCCACUUCCUAAACCUGCAAUACCUUCUUCCUCUAUAGCAUCUUCAUCAUCCUCUUUUGGGAAGUCUUUAUCUUCUGAUCAACCUCUAUUAUCACAAUCACCUUCCCGGCAGGCUCCUCCAUCCUCUAAGCCAACUCUCUCUGCACUCCCCAUUCAUUCAACAAAUCAGCAUACUCAAGCUAAUUAUACAGUGACUCAAAAGGCCACAUCACCAAUUUAUAUGAUUCCCAAGAACAUUGAAAAUUUGAUCCAGAAAGACAUUGUGCCUGACGUUCUGAAGAAGCCAUUGUCUCCAACAACCUAUAAGGAUUACUUCGCUGCCUUGCUAUACGCCGAGGAUUUCUACACUGAGAAGUGGAGCGAGUUUAAGUUGUUCAGCGUAACAUUGAAGUUUCAUAAAGCAACAAUAUAUAACAAGCCACCCAAAAACGAGAAGUUGAAAGGGAAUGAUGAAAAACAAGAUAAAAUGUUUGUAGCCUUUGAGGUUGAUUCUGUUCCGGAGAGACGACCCUUCCUUUUGGCCAGGGACUUCGUCUAUGCACGACGUUUAGGCAGCACUGUCAAGCAGUUUCAAGGAUUAAUUUAUCGUGUGGUGAAGAGCAACAUUGUGCUGGUUGAAUUUGAAGAAGAUUUUUAUUCUCAGCAUCAUUCGGAACGCAAAUAUGAUAUUAGCUUCUCAUUCAACAGAGUGUGUUUGAAAAGGGCUCACCAAGCAAUAGCAGCUGCAUCUGAUCCUUUAUCCCACAACUAUCUUUUUCCUGACGGUGCGUCCCGGAAGAAUAACCCCCCAUCACCACCAAAUCUUUAUCGCAAUUAUAAACUUGGUUCGGAUCAAACUUCUGCAGUUCAUCACAUCUUAAACUUUCAAGGCUCCCCACCAUAUCUCCUUGAGGGUCCACUUUCUGUAACUGAGUCUCAACUACUAUCCAAAACUGGAAUUGUUGUUCGAGAAGCAGUACUCCAAAUUUAUCGGAGCUCACCUAGGAAUCGAAUUCUUAUAUGUGCUCCAAUAAACAGAACAUGUGAUGUGCUAAUCAGAAGUUUGAGGAAGGAGAUUCCAGAGUCAGAUAUGUUUCGAGCCAACGCUGCAUUUAGAGAGGUAGAUGGGGUACCAGUUGACAUCCUCCCUUUGUGUCUUUACGAAGGGGAGUGCUUUUCUUGUCCUUCUGUUCAGAAACUGCGGCAAUUCAGGGUCAUAUUUUCUACUUUUGUGAGCAGCUCUCGGCUUCAUAAUGAAGGCAUAACUGCUGGACAUUUCAGUCAUAUUUUUCUUGUUGAUGAUUCAUCAGCAACUGAACCAGAGACAAUGAUAGCUCUGGGUAAUUUGGCUAACGAGAACACGUCUGUAAUAGUCAGUGGUGCUCCACACAACUAUUCAAGUUGGGUGCGCUCUGAUAUUGCCAGGAAGAAAGGAUUAAGGAUUUCAUAUUUUCAAAGACUUCGGGAAAACAAGACAUACAAGAGUCUGGAACCAAUGUUCAUCACACGGCUGUAAACUUAGAGCAAGAAUCAGAGAUCUACAUGACUCUCCCAAAUCUCAUCUGUAUUUGCAAUAAAUACCUCUCAGUAUCUAUGUUUGCUUCUUGUGAUGUUGCCAUAACCUAAAAGUAAUUCCUGUAUAUUCUGAGACCUACCUCAACUUCGCGGGUUAAAGGUUCAAUAAUUGCCCAAGUCUGCUUAUUUUCAAA